CGAAACCUAGCUCGAGCUCGAAUAGUUCCAUAAAAGCUUCAUUAACCGAUACUGUGCAACAUAUGCUUACAAUUAGACGCUUCUCCGAUUAGACGCUUCUCCGAUUGCGUACUGAAUUGAUGGGAAAGAGGGCGACGCCGAAUAGUUCCAAUAGCGAGAUGGAAUUUCACGACGCUGCUGAUGAAUUCCCGUUUGACGAUUGCCGCGACGUGUUUUCGGAUACAGAUACGGACCCUGACGGUUCAGUAACAUACCCGGACCCUAAACUGGACAAUGAGAAUCAAAAGUCCCAUUCGCCGGCGACCACUCUACGGUUUCGGCGAUCUCUACAGCGCUGUACGUCCCUAUUCGACUCCCCGGACCCUAGCUUGUUGGGAAGUGUGGAGAAUGUUUCGAAUUUGAGAGAAACAAACUUAGUAUGUUCAAAUGAAAUGGAGGAAAAUGAGAAUGAGGAGAAUUUGGAAUCGCGUCAAAUGAACGGAAACGAAAAGCUGGAAAGCUUCAAUGCUGUUGAACUCAGUUCAAGCUCGGGGACAGUAGAAAGUGGCUUGGGUAACGAGUGGAACCAGAAUUCCUUCAUUGCGGAUAGACAAACAAGACUUGAUUUACACACAAGACAAACUGACAAUUCGAGUAUUCUGGUACUUUGUUCUGAUUUAAUAAUAAAGGCUAUAGCAGUCCAAAUUAAUUUUCUUUUAAUUGUUUUGAGUUUCACAACUAAGAUCUUCUUGUAUCCCAUAAGAGCAAUUUACUCCGCCUAUAUGUUUGUGAUGGAUCCUUUUAGUGUUGUAACGUCUUUGAAAUCAUAUAUACUGAAAAAGUGUGCUAGACAUUUCAGUCAUGUGUGUGGGAAUGCUUUGAAUUUGGUGUCGAAAUGGUUGAAAGAACAAAGAUCACUUUGGAGCUUGGGGAUGAGAUGUGGAUGGGGGAUCAUGUGGUCAAUAUAUGUAGCUGUUGUUUUGGUAGGAAUGUUGGUGUUGGCUUUUGUAAUGGCUGGUUUGUUGGUAAGUUAUUUUGUGGAAGAACCGAUGAAGAUGGUGGAGGAUUUAAAUUUUGAUUAUACACAGAAAAGCCCAGUAGCAUUUGUGCCACUCACAGGAUGCCAUGUGGAUGGUGGCAUGGUUGAUGGGAUGCAUUAUAUCCCUCCUAAUCACAAGUUGCAGGCCACUGUUACAUUGACACUUCCUGAGUCAGAUUACAACAGAAACCUAGGAGUUUUUCAGGUAAGGGUUGAUUUUCUAACGUCCAAUGGCAUGGUACGUGCAAGCUCUAGGAAACCGUGUAUACUUCCCUUCAAAAGCCAACAUAUACGCCUUCUCACUACUUUCUUCAAGGUAGCCUCUCUAGUCACAGGCUACACGGCAGAAUCUCAAGAUUUGGCCGUAGAGUUCAGAGGUUUCACUGAAGGUGAUAUGCCGACUGCCUGUGUGAGAGUAGUGAUAGAGCAAAGAGCUGAAUUUCACCCUGGGGGAGGUAUUCCUCAGCUGUAUGCUGCAUCUCUGGUUCUUGAGUCUCAACUUCCUCUGCUUAAAAGGGUGAUUUGGUAUUGGAAGUCGACUCUCUUUGUUUGGCUAAGUAUGUUGUUAUUCUUGGUGGAAUUGGUGUCUGCUCUACUCUGCUGCAAACCUCUGAUCAUCCCGACAAUACACUUGAUGGGCAGUCCCUCACGUCGAGCUUAGCAGAUCACACCCCUUCAUUCCCUGUACAGUAACUUAUUAUCAGGUCUGUGUUUGUUUUCAUACGACCACAGAAAGAGUCUCUUGUACUUGAAGCCCUAUUUGGAAUGUGAAUUUUUCUAGCCUUGCAAGUUACAGAUUAUGAGUACUGCUGCUUUUAUAUUUUAUUCAUGCUAACUGUUCCACCUAAUUGUAAAUCAAUAACUCUGAGGUUUCCAGUGUUACACACACUUGACAGUUGACAAUGGCAAUUUUUUUUUGGAAAAAA